GCGAGUGGACGAGCGAGUGGCCAGGGCCCUCGGGGUCGGCCGCGGGGCGGACACGCGGCCACGGACGCGUCGGCACCUCACGGGAUUGCGGAGGACGCGGCGCCCUCGCCGGGCUGUGCGGGACCCGGGGACGGCCGGACGGAUGCGGGCCGCAGCGGGUCCUCAGGGCCGCGCUCUGCUCCCGCUGGCCUCGUCCGUUCGGUCCUGUAUGGCCCGACAGAGCAGGUGCGGGGCGUCGCGGCGGCCCGCGGGGAAGGCGCCUCCACCCAAGGCCGGGGCAGCCCCCGUCCCUGCCAGCUUCCCAAGUGGCCUCAGUGUCCACCUGGGUUUGCCCCGCCCUCAACGUGCGAGGAGCCCCGGGCCCAGUCCUCCAGGCCGCGCACAGCGACUCUUGCAGCUUCUGCCUCGGCCUCCCCUUCCGGGGUCUGCGGGUGGACUUUCGUGGGCGCGCCCUGCCCUAGGCCAUCAGCCUGCGGGGGCUCGUGCAGGUGUAGAUGAAGUGGCCGCACCUUGAUUAAGCCUCUUCAAAGGCUUGCUCAUUGCUUAAGAUGGAGUUUUAACAUUGAACGCGGAGAACACUAAUUAUGCCUAUCAAGUUCCAAACUUCCAUAAGUGUGAAAUCUGUCUGCUAUCUUUUCCAAAAGAGUCCCAGUUUCAACGCCACAUGAGGGAUCACGAGCGAAAUGACAAGCCACAUCGAUGUGACCAGUGCCCCCAAACAUUUAAUGUUGAAUUCAACCUGACACUUCACAAAUGCACCCACAAUGGGGAAGAGCCUACCUGUCCUGUGUGUAACAAGAAAUUCUCCAGAGUGGCUAGUCUCAAAGCGCAUAUUAUGCUCCAUGAAAAGGAAGAGAAUCUCAUCUGCUCCGAGUGCGGGGAUGAGUUCGCCCUGCAGAGCCAGCUGGCCACGCACAUGGAGGAGCACCGGCAGGAGCUGGCCGGCGGCCGGCCGCACGCCUGCAAGGCCUGCGGGAAGGACUUCGAGACGCCCUCCCAGCUGAAGGAGCACGCGAAGACGCACUACAAGAUCAGGGUAUCGAGUACAAGGUCUUACAAUCGGAACAUCGACAGGAGUGGAUUCACAUAUUCAUGCCCACACUGUGGAAAGACGUUUCAAAAGCCCAGUCAGUUAACUCGGCAUAUCAGGAUACACACAGGCGAAAGGCCGUUUAAAUGUAGUGAAUGUGGGAAGGCUUUUAACCAGAAGGGGGCCCUGCAGACGCACAUGAUCAAGCAUACAGGGGAAAAACCCCACGCCUGUGCCUUCUGUCCUGCUGCCUUUUCUCAAAAAGGGAACCUCCAGUCCCACGUGCAGAGAGUCCACUCCGAGGUCAAGAAUGGCCCCACGUAUAACUGUACCGAGUGCAGUUGUGUGUUUAAAAGCCUCGGGAGCUUGAACACCCACAUCAGCAAGAUGCACGUGGGCGGGACGCAGAACCCCGCGGGCCCCGCAGAGACGGCUCACGUGCUAACGGCCACGCUGUUUCAGACGUUACCUCUCCAGCAGACGGAAGUCCACGUGACGUCUGCGUCGAGCCAGCAGAACUCCCAGGCCAUGACCGACGUCAUCCAGCAGCUGCUGGAGCUCUCAGAGCCGGGGCCGACGGAAUCCAGCCAGCCCCCGCAGCCCGGCCAGCAGCUCAGCAUCACCGUGGGCAUCAACCAGGACAUCCUGCAGCAAGCCUUAGAAAACAGUGGGCUGUCUUCAAUUCCAGCUGCCGCGCACGCGCACGACAGCAGCCACGCCAGGACGCCGUCCACGCAGGCGCCAAGUCUGGACGCUUCUCACCCUUCGAGUGAGCAGACCCACCCCACAGAUGCAGAGCAGGAAAAAGAGCAAGAAAGCCCAGAGAAGUUGGAUAAAAAAGAAAAAAAAAUCAUAAAAAAGAAAUCACCGUUCCUACCUGGUUCCAUCCGCGAGGAGAAUGGCGUGCGGUGGCACGUGUGUCCCUACUGCACCAAGGAGUUCCGGAAGCCGAGCGACCUGGUGCGCCACAUCCGCAUUCACACCCAUGAGAAGCCCUUCAAGUGUCCCCAGUGCUUCCGGGCCUUCGCCGUGAAGAGCACCCUCACCGCUCACAUCAAAACGCACACGGGCGUCAAGGCGUUCAAGUGCCAGUACUGCUUGAAGAGCUUCUCCACGUCGGGGAGCCUCAAAGUGCACAUUCGUCUGCACACAGGGGUCAGACCUUUUGCUUGUCCUCACUGUGACAAAAAGUUUCGAACCUCAGGCCAUAGGAAGACUCACAUCGCUUCUCACUUCAAACACACGGAGUUAAGAAAGAUGAGACACCAGCGUAAACCUGCAAAGGUUCGAGUCGGCAAGGCCAGCGUUCCAGUCCCCGACAUUCCUUUGCAAGAGCCGAUUCUCAUAACUGACGUAGGUCUUAUCCAGCCCAUUCCAAGAAACCAGUUUUUUCAAAGUUAUUUUAAUAAUAAUUUUGUAAACGAAGCAGAUAGACCGUACAAGUGUUUUUACUGUCAUCGUGCAUAUAAAAAAUCUUGCCACCUUAAACAACACAUCAGAUCACAUACAGGUGAAAAGCCUUUUAAAUGUUCUCAGUGUGGAAGAGGCUUUGUUUCUGCAGGAGUGCUCAAAGCACACGUCCGAACGCACACUGGACUAAAAUCUUUCAAGUGUCUGAUAUGUAACGGAGCUUUCACUACUGGUGGGAGCUUACGGCGACAUAUGGGUAUCCAUAAUGACCUUCGUCCCUAUAUGUGUCCCUAUUGCCAGAAAACAUUUAAGACCUCACUAAAUUGCAAAAAGCACAUGAAAACCCAUAGAUACGAGCUCGCCCAGCAGCUCCAGCAGCACCAGCAAGCCGCCUCGCUGGACGACGGCGCCGGGGACCAGCCGAGCGUGCACGUCUCGACGCACAUGCAGGUGGGGAUGGAGAGCGAGCAGCUGCGGGAGGCGGCCGGCCCCGCCCACCCCGAGGCCAUGCUGGACCUGGAGCCGCAGCAGGUGGUGCGCACGGAGGACGCGGGCCUGGGUCAGCCGCUGACGCACCAGCCCCUGGAAGCUGAUGAAGACAGGUUUGUGGCUCCGCCGCCCGCCCUCCCGGCACACAUGGACCAGUUCGAAGAGCCAGCCCCUCCGCAGCAGUCCUUCGAGCCGGCCGGCCUGUCGCAGGGCUUUACCAUGACGGACACGUACGGCCAGCAGCCCCCGCUUGCCCCCGUCCAGCAGCUCCAGGACUCCAGCACGCUGGAAUCACAGGCUCUCUCCACCAGCUUCCACCAGCAGAACCUACUGCAGGUCCCCAGCUCAGACGCCAUGAAUGUCACCACGCGACUGAUCCAGGAGCCGUCCCAGGAGGAGCUGGAGCUGCGGACUCAGCGUCCCCGAUUCCUGGAGGACGGGGAGGACCAGAGCCGGCGCUCCUACAGGUGUGAGUACUGCAGCAAAGGCUUCAAGAAGUCGAGCCACCUGAAGCAGCACGUGCGGUCCCACACUGGGGAGAAGCCCUACAAGUGCAAGCUCUGUGGGCGCGGUUUCGUCUCCUCCGGGGUCCUCAAGUCGCACGAGAAGACACACACAGGCGUCAAGGCGUUCAGCUGCAGCGUGUGCAACGCGUCGUUCACCACCAACGGCAGCCUCACCCGGCACAUGGCUACGCACAUGAGCAUGAAGCCCUACAAGUGCCCGUUCUGCGAGCAGGCCUUCCGCACCGCGGCGCACUGGAAGAAGCACAUGAAGAGGCACCAGGCCGUGCCGUCCGCGGUGGCGGCCGCAGGGGAGGCGGACGGAGCAGAUGUGUGUCUGGAGGAGGAAGAGGAGAACUCUGACAGAAGUGCCUCUCGCAAGGCUCGUCCCGAGGUCAUCACGUUCACGGAGGAGGAGACGGCGCAGUUGGCGAAGAUCCGGCCGCAGGAAAGCGCCACCGUCUCGGAGCAGGUCCUGGUGCAGUCGGCAGCCGAGAAGGACCGCAUCAGCGAGAUGAAGGACCGGCAGGCCGAGCUGGAGGCCGAGCCCAAGUUCGCCAACUGCUGCUCCUACUGCCCCAAGAGCUUCAAGAAGCCCAGCGACCUGGUGAGGCACGUCCGGAUCCACACCGGAGAGAAGCCGUACAAGUGUGACGAAUGCGGGAAGAGCUUCACUGUGAAGUCGACUCUGGACUGCCAUGUGAAGACCCACACAGGUCAGAAGCUCUUCAGCUGCCACGUGUGCAGCAACGCCUUCUCGACGAAGGGGAGCCUGAAGGUGCACAUGCGUCUGCACACGGGGGCCAAGCCAUUCAAGUGUCCGCACUGCGAGCUGCGCUUCCGCACGUCGGGCCGCAGGAAGACGCACAUGCAGUUCCAUUACAAGCCCGACCCGAAGAAAGCCCGCAAGCCGGCGGCCCGGAGCUCAUCCGAAGGCCCGCAGCCCGUGAACCUGCUCAGCCCUGCGCCCGCCGACCCGAACGUGUUCAUCAUGAACAACUCGGCUCUCGCGGGGCCGUUUGAGCAGAGCGUCCUGCAGCAGGGGCUGCUGGGCCAGGCCGUUCUCCCCGCCUCGGUGUCCGCCGGUGGCGACUGGACGGUGUCCCUGACGGACGGGAGCCUGACCACCCUGGAGGGCGUGCAGUUACAGCUGGCCGCCAACCUGGUCGGCCCCAAUGUGCAGAUCUCGGGCAUCGAUGCUUCCAGCAUUAAUAACAUCACACUCCAGAUCGACCCGAGUAUUUUGCAGCAAACGCUACAGCAGGGCAGCUUGCUCACCCAGCAGCUGCCUGGGGAGCCCAGCCUGGCCUCCCAGAACGGCUCUCUUCAGACCCAGGAUAGCACGGUCCCCGCUAGCGUCGUCAUCCAGCCCAUCCCCGGCCUGACCUUGCAGCCCACCGUGACAUCGGCCAGUCUGACCAUCGGCCCGCUGUCGGAGCAGGACCCCGUGAUGACCACCAGCAGCGGUGGGACUCAAGACCUCGCUCAGGUGAUGACAUCGCAAGGCCUGGUGUCCGGCUCCAGCGGCCCCCAUGAGAUCACCCUGACCAUUAACAACUCCAGUCUGAGCCAGGUCUUGGCGCAGGCUGCUGGGCCCACUGCUGCGUCGUCCUCGGGGUCUCCCCAAGAGAUCACCCUGACCAUCUCUGAGCUGAACACCACCCCUGGGAGCCUUCCUUCGACGACACCCAUGUCUCCAUCGGCCAUGUCUGCUCAGAACCUGGUCAUGGCGUCGUCAGGAGUGGGAGGAGACGCCAGCGUCACGCUGACCCUGGCCGACACGCAGGGCCUGCUCUCCGGAGGGCUGGACACGGUCACGCUCAACAUUGCGUCUCAGGGCCAGCAGUUCCCAGCCUUACUCACGGACUCCUCGCUGUCCGGCCAAGGGGGAGCAGGGUCACCGCAGGUCAUCCUCGUGAGCCACACCCCACAGCCCUCCGCCGCUGCGUGUGAGGAGAUCGCCUACCAGGUAGCUGACGUGUCGGCCGGCCUGGCGCAGGGCGGGCAGCCGGAGAAGGAGGGCCGGGCGCACCCGUGCCUGGAGUGUGGACGCAGCUUCGCCUCGGCCGCCGCACUGCUGCACCACAGCCGGGAGACGCAUGGCCGGGAGCGCAUCCACGUGUGUCCCGUGUGCAGGAAGGCCUUCAAGCGUGCCACACACCUCAAGGAGCACACGCAGACGCACCAGGCCGGCCCUUCGCUGAGCUCCCAGAAGCCGCGAGUGUUCAAGUGUGACACCUGUGAGAAGGCGUUCGCCAAGCCAAGCCAGCUGGAGCGGCACAGCCGCAUCCACACAGGAGAGCGGCCGUUCCGCUGCAGCCUGUGCGAGAAGGCCUUCAACCAGAAGAGCGCGCUGCAGGUGCACAUGAAGAAGCACACGGGCGAGAGGCCCUACCGGUGCCACUACUGCGCCAUGGGCUUCACGCAGAAGAGCAACAUGAAGCUGCACAUGAAGCGGGCGCACGGCUAUGCGGGAAACCUGCAGGAGCCUGCCAUCCAGCAGGAGCACGGUGCCGAGGAGCUGGGCCGGACCCUCCACCUGGAGGAGGUGGUCCAGGAGUCCGCGAGCGAGUGGCAGGCCCUGGCCAACGUGUUCUGACCCGGCCCGCCCCUGCCGCCACGGCCGUUUCUGAAGUUGAAUGUUGCGAAGCACUUGGAAUUUCUUCUUGGAAGCUUCGGGUGUUAAGUGUUGCCAUGCUAGUUUUUUAGCUAUAAAAUUAUCUCAAGAAUCAUUGUCUUCAGAGACUGAUAGGAACAACUGAGAGCAGUGUCAGCACGUUGUUGUAGUUUGUGUCCAAAUCACUGAACUCAGGUACGACCCUAGGCAGUUCUACCUUCGCGCUGCGGCCAGUGCCUCCAGUUACAAAGAGCGAACUGGGUCUCACUGUCCCGUGCCGUGGCCUCUUUGUGUUAGCGAAGACAAACGUUAACAUGGAACACGUAAGGUCGAUUUUCCUUCGUGCUUUCUGUUGUAAGAAGCGUAGCUUAUAAAACAAACGUAAAAUCGGGGCACGAGGUUCAGAGAAAUGUUAGAACACGCAGGGAAGUGUUUUCCAUUUUCUUUCUCUGUGUAUUUUGAAAGUAGAAACGGACUCUUUCUAGUCUACCGUGUGUUUCUAGAAUACGGAGAGAUGGCUGGCCCGUUCUCUCCGCGUUACGAUUCUCGGACUAUCAGCUACAAGGAUGCAGCGUCGGGGCCCAGACGGUGGAGGGGGCACGAACGGGGAUGAACGUGUCCUCGCGGGAUGGGGCGGGGCCGCACGUGCUGCCGAGUCCACCGUCAGGGCCGCGGGUUCGGUGACUGCAGAAAGCACAAGCCAUAGGUCGCACGCAGGCGAGGGCAGACCCAUGUCCUCGGAGUGGAGGGAGCGUGGUCCCGUGCCCCGCGGCGCGGAGCGGCGUGUCGGUGGGUCCUAGCCGCCGUGCUCCCCUCCUCACGCGGGGGCAGGUGUGUCGUCUAAUUCAGGGAACUCUCACUGUCAUCAAUGGUGCCACAUCGAACACGCCCCAGACCAAGUCCCGGCCCGAGCCGGGGCAGAGUGUGCGUUGCUCCUCCAGCAUUCCAAAGACGGAAGGUUCUUUACUUCACGUGAGUUUCUCCUUCAGCAUUAUUUAUAUGUUCUAUAUAUAAAUACACAUGUACAUAGACAGAUAUAUGGGCCUCUGUGUGGCUGAACAGUAUAUUUUGUAAAUAGCGGCGCUCGUCCCGGCGGCAGAGAGCGCGCAUCAGAGUUCCGACUCCGCGGGCACGUCAGGCCAGGGCCGUGCUCCUCAAGUCAUAAAUGGUACCUUGUUCACGGUAACAUGAAGGUGGGCUUGUUUUGCUUUUGUUUUUCUCUUGAAAAAUAAUUGCCUUUAUUUUGUGUCACGGCCUCCCUGGUUUCAGAAGAGAGCAGUUUUAUUAUAAAUAUUGUAUGGACUCUGUAUAUUAAGAGAGGAGCUCAUUUCAGAUUCCUGAAGAAAGAGACAUUUUUACUGUUAUUUUUCAAAGGGCAUCUUUUGAUUUUUUUUGUUGUUGUUCACUUUUUGGCAUAUGUACAUAAGUCAUAUUGAUGAUGAUAUAAAAACUUUUGUUAUGUGAAAAUAUUUAAGUCAGAAAACUGUUAAAUAAUAUUACUUUUUUUUUUCAAACUGCUUUGUGUAUUGUAUAUUUUUUUAAGGAAAAAAAAAAGCCUUAUUUGACUUAUUCUUGUGAUACUGGACUUACUAUAUAUCCUGAGGUUUUCCUUGAAUGUCAGUGUGUAGCUGGCUGUAGUCCGUAUAUUCCGAAUAAUUGUAAUUGUGCCAGAGUUUUAAAGAUUCUGCUUUUAAUGCACUUUUCUUUUAUAAUUUUGUAUUAAAAUAUUUUAGAAAUGUUGAUUAAUUUUGGUGAACAGAUAUCUCCAAAGUUGAAAUUAUUGCAAUUUAAAAAAUUUUGUUCUUGCUAGGUUAUUUAUUUUGGUUGUAGCAUUAAAUGUCAUCUCUCAGGACAAGUCUCUAAAAGGGGUUUAUUUAAUUCCUAAUUGUACAGAAAGCAUAGUUCAGCGAACUGUACUGGCCAGCUGCCUGUUUAAGUAAGGCCUUACCAGGUGAAUCUAAACCUACUUUUAUUUUCGUCAAAGAAAAAAAAAAGAUCUAUCAAUGAUAUCAUUCUGUGAGUUUUCUCAAUUAUUAACUAUUAGCAGGCAAACACAAGACAUUAAUAUAUUAUUUUUAUUUACUUCCUAAUUAAAAAAGCUGCUUCUUUGCAAAACAUUCCUUGAAAUACAAGGUUUUGUAAAGACAUAAUUUCACUUGAACCUUUGGUGGAGUACAGGUUGAUCUUUGUAUUUUACUGGUUGAUAAAUGUCUUCUGACGAGAUUUCUAGCCUCCUGCAUAACCAGGGUUUUGAGAAUAGAUAACUGUAUUUUUAGAAAUAUCUCAUCAUAGCAUAUCUGCUUUGGAAUAACAAUAAAUAAAAAAUGAAGUUAGGAA